GAACGUACACGGUCGGUCAGUCAGGACGCAGGGAGAAUGCAACCACCACCGUCUUCCUCGUCCUCUGCAAAGUCUAUUUUAUUUUAGGGUUUCAGAGAACCACCGAAAUCCCGAAUAUACCCCCUCCCUCCCAAAGACGUAAACGAAAACAGAAACCUCGUACUCUCUUCUCAAACGGCGGCGCACGUUGUAAAUCUAUUUCAGGGUUUCAUGUCCUUCCCAAUCUUAGCUUUCAUGUCUUAUCAAUGGAGAUUGGCACUACUCUUAUUACCGUCGUCUCAUCCCAACCGUUCCUUGUAGCCUCAAUAAUCACCGCGCUCUCUCUGUUUCUCGCCCGCUUCGCCAUCCGAUCAGUCCGGUUCCCCAAUUUAAAAUCUCCUCAAUCGGACGGUAGGGACUCCGCCGCGUCUCCUAAGAAGGUUUGUAAUUGCGUUUGCUCUUGUAACUCUGGUCUUGGGGCUCCGGAUUCGGCAACGACGGGUGCUCCGUACGUGAACGGUGGGACAGCGCAGAUGGUCGAGAAGGCGUCUUCAGUAGCGGUGGCGGAGCGGCUUUCGGGCGCGUCGAUGAUGGAGCAGCUGGUGCCGGAGAUUACAACGCACGCGCUGAGCUACUUAGACUACCCGAGUCUCUGCCGCCUCUCGAUGACCAAUUCGCUCAUGCGAAAGGCCGCCAACGAUGACAAUGCGUGGAAAGCGCUUUAUCACAAGGACUUUACAUUAGAACAGGAUAGCGUGACACCUGCAAAUGGGUGGAAGGCUUACUAUGCGGCUACCAGAGCCAUUGUUCGUAAUAAUGCCGAAUUCUUUAACAUUAUCAAAGAAAGGUCUGUUCCAGCAAUGAGUCACUUUUGGCUAAAUGCAGAUUAUGUAAAGUGCGUUCACGCCUCAGGAGAACUCUUUUCAGGGUAUAAUGCUGUAAUACAGAGUUGGCAGCUUGCAUUUAAUUGGGAACACGGUGUCAACUUCCAAGUUCGGGAUGUACGGGCACGGGUUCUGACAGACAUGGCUUGGGUUACCAUGAAAACUUUCGUUGACAUUGAUGCUGGGCCAUUCAACGUGACGAAUGUCUUUGAACUCCAUAAUGGGCGAUGGUACAUGGUGCAUCAUCACAGCUCGAUGGAGGUCGAGGCUCAAAUUGUGCAUGCAUAACAGAAGAAAAGAAGUGAUGAUACCAACGAGAUAUUAAUACAGGUCACCAAAAGAAAACAAAAAUGGUGGUAUUUGUUGGCUGCAGCAACUUGCUUGAAAUUUCACCAUCUUGAUUUCUUUAGAUCAUCCUUUUUAGUUGCCAGCCUCAAUUUUGGUGGUUUUGUGAUUAAAAAAGAAAAAAGAAAAAAAAGGGUCGUCCUUGUUUUCUUUCUUGCCCCCA